GCGGCCUUCGGCCUCAUGACCAUCGCCAUCAGCACCGACUACUGGCUGUACACGCGCGCCUUCAUCUGCAACACCACCAACCUCACGGCCGGCGACGACGCGCCGGCCCACCGCGGGGGCAGCGGCUCCUCGGAGAAGAAGGACCCCGGCGGCCUCACCCACUCGGGGCUCUGGAGGAUAUGCUGCCUGGAAGGGUUGAAAAGAGGUGUCUGCGUGAAGAUCAACCAUUUCCCGGAGGACACGGACUACGACCAUGACAGCGCGGAGUAUCUGCUCCGAGUCGUCCGGGCCUCCAGCAUCUUUCCCAUCCUCAGCGCCAUCCUGCUGCUGCUCGGGGGCGUGUGCGUGGCGGCCUCCCGGGUCUACAAAUCCAAGAGGAACAUCAUUCUGGGCGCAGGGAUCCUGUUCGUGGCAGCAGGCCUGAGCAACAUCAUCGGCGUGAUCGUGUACAUCUCGGCCAACGCGGGCGAGCCGGGUCCGAAGCGGGACGAGGAGAAGAAGAACCACUACUCGUACGGCUGGUCCUUCUACUUCGGCGGGCUGUCGUUCAUCCUGGCCGAGGUGAUCGGCGUGCUGGCCGUCAACAUCUACAUCGAGCGCAGCCGCGAGGCGCACUGCCAGUCUCGCUCGGACCUGCUCAAGGCCGGCGGGGGCGCGGGCGGCAGUGGCGGGAGCGGCCCCUCGGCCAUCCUCCGUCUGCCCAGUUACCGCUUCCGCUACCGCCGCCGCUCCCGCUCUAGCUCCCGCUCCAGCGAGCCGUCGCCGUCGCGGGACGCGUCUCCCGGCGGCGCCGGGGGCCCGGGCUUCGCCUCCACGGACAUCUCCAUGUACACUCUCAGCCGCGACCCGUCCAAGGGCAGCGUGGCCGCGGGGCUGGCGGGGGCCGGCGGCGGCGGCGGCGGCGGUGGCGGAGCCGGCGGCGCGGCGGCGGGCGCGGGCGGCACCGGCGUGGCGGGCGCCGAGCGGGACCGCGGGGGGGCGCCCGGCUUCCUCACGCUGCACAAUGCCUUCCCCAAGGAGGCGGGCGGCGGGGUCACGGUCACGGUCACCGGGCCGCCCGCCGCGCCCGCCCCCGCCCCGCCUGCGCCCGCGGCGCCAGCCCCCGGGACCCUGGCCAAGGAGGCCGCCGCCUCCAACACCAACACGCUCAACAGGAAAACCACGCCGGUGUAGGGGCGCGCCGGGGGGCGCCGAGGGGGCGUGUCCGGGGCGCGUGCGCGGGCGCGCGUGCAACGAGGCUGCCGGGGUGGGGCGGGGGCGACCCCCUCCCCGCGAGCGCGCUGGAGAACUGCGUGGCCCUCCCCGCGCCCCGCCUUCCGGUCGGGGACCCUGAGGGAGGCAGCCGUCGGGAGGGGGCGUCGUGUUUUAUUUAUUUACUUUUUUUUUUGUGGGUU